UUUCCUAACCUAACAAAAAAAAGUAAUACAUGCGGAAAGUGCGUAGUAUUGUGUCCGGUUAUAUUUUCCUAAAAUAAUUUUAAUGAAUAGUAUAUAAAAGAAAGUUACUUCAUAAUGUCGAGAGUAAAAAGGCUUAGUAUUCGUGGUAUUCGAAAUUUUAGCGAUGAAAAAGAAUCUGAACCAAUAGUAUUUACACGACCUAUGACUCUUAUUCUUGGUCCCAAUGGAACAGGAAAAACCACAAUUAUUGAAUGUCUUAAAUAUGCCACAACCGGUGAUUUUCCACCGGGUACAGAAAGUGGAAAAUGUUUUAUUUUUGAUCCAAAAUUAACAAAUGGAACUACCGUACGAGGAGUGAUAAAAGCUGAAAUUAUUGAUAAAAAAGGUGAUUCAGUAGUGGUGUCAAAAACAGUCGAGUGUGUUCAACAACCAAAAUCUAUGAAAUUAAAAUCGUUAGAUUCAACCAUUACUAGAAUUAAUGGUGUCACAAAGAAGAGAUCACAAGUAAGCGGUCGAUGUGCUGAUGUAACAGCUGAAAUAACAAGAGCUCUGGGUGUAUCAAAACCUAUUAUUAAUUAUGUGAUAUUUUGUCAUCAAGAGGAAUUUAAUUGGCCGUUUGACGAAGGAAAGAAAUUAAAAGAAAAAUUUGAUGAAAUAUUUGGAACCACAAAAUAUAAUAAAGCUUUGGAUAGUUUAAGAACUAUUGUAAAAGGACACCUUGGUCAAAUUAAAAUUUUAAAAGUCGAAAAGGAUAAAUUUCGUGUUUUAGUCGAUGAAGUCAAAGAGAGGGAAAACAAAAUUGAAGAAAUUAAUCAACGCAAAUUAAGAUCUAAUAAUAGAAUUGAAGAAAUAACAAAUGAACUUUUACCGUUACAAGAGAAAAUUGAAGAAAAUGAAAAAAAAGAAAUUGAAUACAAGAAAAUUGUAAUGAAUGAAGAAAAAAAGAAAAUGGAAUUCAAUUUAGCAAAAAAAGAAGUUGAUAAUUUAAAAUCAACUAUUCAUAAAAUUUAUGAUGGUACAACUGAUCAAUUGAAACAAGAUCUUGAAAUGGAUGAGAGUUUCCUCACUAAGAAAAAUGAAGAGAUUAAAGAGUUUGAAUCGCAAGUGCAUUUAGAAUCAAAGAAGGAACAAAAAUUGACAAAUGAGAUCGCAGAACAAAGAGUUCAAAUUGGAACACUACAGCAAAAAAUGGAGGAUCACAGUAAUAGAAUUAUUGCUAGAAAUUCAAUGUUAGAAAAGGCUUUAGUUGCUUUUGAGACGACCAUUAAAUUAAAAAACAGCACAGAAGAUGAAAUUGAAGAAUGGAUGAAAACGUUGACUGAGAAAUUUGAGAAACUAGAAAGUGAUAUAGAAGAAAGUCGACGGGAAAAAGAACAAAAGGAACAAAUUCUUCAAAAAGAAGUUGAUAAUUUAAGGGCUGAAAAAUCGAAAAUUGAAUCCGUAACAAAUGUUCGCGACAAAGAACUGUUAGAAAUUCGAAAGGAAAUUAAAGUCGUACAAUCAGAUAUUGCAGAGGUCGGUGCAGCGGGAACAAAAUUAAAUGAAAUUGAAAUGAAACUUAGAGAAGUGAAUAAUAGAUGUGAGGCACUUGGUAAAAAGAUGGAUAUUAAUGUUGCUAAAGCAAAGAUAAAUGAACAAAAGAAAAAGCAAAAGACAUUGGACGAUGAAAUACACAAAUUAGAUGAAGAGAUAUCAUUGAUGCAUCAAUAUAGUUCAUUACAAGCCGAACUCGAUUUACAUAAAUCAUCUCUUGAAUCUAAACAGAAAAAUAUUCAAUCUAUUAAAAAUAAACAUGAGUCGAAUAUUACAACUUUGUUAAAAAUAGACGAAGUACCAAUGAAAAAACUCAAGAAUAAUUUAGAUGAAGUUUACCAAACAUUGACAAGAGAGAAGGACAGUUACAAUCAUAAAUUAGAAAGAGAGAAAGUAAAUUUAACAAGUUUGCAAGCUUCAUUGAAACACGAUGAAAAUGAUUUAAUGAAAAAAGAAGAAGAAUUAAAGAGUGAUAAAGCCAUGGUAUCUGUUCAUUGUAAUUAUGAGAAUUACGAUGAUAUUGUAGCAGAACAAUUAAAGAAGGUAAAAAGUCUUCAGGAUGAUAGAGGAAUGUAUGCGUAUAAAAAAGCUGCAUUUAAAAAAUAUUUAGAAAAAGUUGAUUCAACUGAUCCAUGUUGUCCAUUGUGUAGUCGUGGCUUUCAAAAUUCUCAAGAAGCUAAAAAAUUAUCAUCACAAAUGAAAAAUGAAAUGGAUACUGUGCCACAAGUUUUAAAAAAUUGUGAAGAUAAAUUAAAAGUCGAACAAAAGAAAUAUGAUUCACUAUUACGAUUGAAACCGAUUGUUGACAAAAUUUUGAAAUUUGAAGAAACUGAUUCAAAACAUUGGAAGGAAAUUAUUGAACAAAAAACAAAAAAGUUGAGAGAUUCAAAAGUGAGAAUUAAUGAAAUUCGUUCAGCUAUGGAAGAACCAGAACGUUUGUUAGUUGUGUGGAAAAAUGUAAGCAGCGAUAUUGUUUUGUGGGAUCAAUCUUUUAAUGAAAUCGAGAAAAUAAAUCGUCAGAUUGAUUCAGUAAAAAGUCGUAUUCCUAGUACAGGAAUGAAUUUUGAUAAAACUAUGGACGAGGCGCAACAAGAGAAAAAUUCUUUAAGAAACUCAAUGAAAGAUCUACAAAAGGAGACAGAAAAUAUGCAAGUUGCAUUAGAUAUUCACAAUGAGAAGGUUGAGAAAGCAAAGAGUUUGAGGCUUUCAUUGCAAGAGGAAAAAUUAAGAUUAUCCUCAAAUAUGCAAAAGCUUCAACAAUUUCAUGAUAAAGAAACAGAACUUUCAGCUAAGAAAGAAAAAUUAUUGAAAGUAAUUCAAGAAUUUAAACAGGAACUUGUUACAGCUGACGAUCGUCUUGAAACUGCAAUCGAAAAUUUAGAUAAAAAGAAGAUUCAAAAUGCCGAAAGUGCAAGAAAUAAUAAAAUGAAAGUAGACAAUGUGUCGAAACGCAUUUAUGAAUUGACUAAAAUUCAAAGUGAAAUUGAAAAUUUUGUUGAAAGUAAAAUUGAAGAACAAUUACAACGUGUUGAGGAAAGAGUCAAAUCAUAUGACGCAAUGAUUAAAAAUUUAAAGGAAAGUAAAAGUAAAUUGGAGAAAAAUAUUGCAAGUCUUCGCGAAGAUAUGGUACAGCAGGAAUUGAGUAAACGAACUUUGUUGGAUAAUUUAAAACUUCGAAAAAAAGAAGGCGAAUUAGAGAGUUUGAAUUUACAAUGGGAACAUUUGAAAACAUCAGUUAAAAAUUUCCAAAUUGAUAGUUUGAGAAAAGUACGAAGAACAUUGAAAGAGAACGAAGAUAAAUUAAUUAAAGAGAAAAGUAAUAUCGAGGGAAUGCAAACUGAGUUAACGAGAAGUAUUAGAGACUUAAAGAAUCAACUUGAAAAGAAAGAAUAUAAAGACGCGAAUAUAAGUUAUAAAUCCAAAAUCGUGGAAUUGUUGGUUACCAAUGAAGCAAUUGAAAAUUUAAGAGCUUACAGCAAAAUUCUUGAUGCAUCAAUGAUUGAUUUUCAUGAAGAACGAAUGAAAACAGUGAAUAAAAUAAUGGAUCGAUUAUGGCGUAAAGUUUAUACUGGACAUGAUACUUCGACUAUUCAAAUUCAUACAAGUGCAACUGAGGGAGUUGAUAGUAAUAGAAGAAGUUAUAAUUAUAAAUUGGUGCAGAAGAAAAAUGGUGUUGAAAUGGAUAUGAAAGGUCGUUGUAGUGCAGGUCAAAGGGUUCUGACUUCGAUAAUAAUUCGAAUGGCAUUGGCUGAAACAUUUUGCGGAGAUUGCGGUGUAAUGGCUUUAGAUGAACCCACCACUAAUCUCGAUGCAGAAAAUUCCAAGAGUUUAGCACAAGCUCUUUGCGAAAUCGUCGCACAACGUUCAGCAGUUCAAAGGAACUUUCAAUUAAUCGUUAUCAGUCAUGAUGAACCGUUUAUAAAUUAUUUAUUAAGAGAUAGCUCUCACAAAACGUAUUAUGAACUUAUGCGAUCUCCUGACGGAAGAUCUAUGAUUCAAUUGCGUGAUAAAAGUGGUAACACUUUGGCGAAACCAAUAGCAACAUUGGAUGAAUCCUCUGAAGAUGAUGAUGUUCAUGUAGCUACGAUUCGAGUGUAAGAUUUUUUUUUUUUUUUAUUAUAUAUUAAAACUUGUUUUCAUUUCGUAAACUUUAAUCUAAAAUUAAGUGUUUUUCAAAUGCACGUCUAUUAUUAAACUUCGACAAUUUAUAAGUCUAUCAAAGUUUUAAAAAAAUUCAAAAAAUAAUUGUACUAGUUUUUAUUCUUUUUUUAUACUUCAAAACUUUGUAAUAUUCAGACUGACGUUCUAUAAUAAACAUAUAUUUUUCAUUAAA